GUAUCCCUGGACAUGGGCAUCGUCCGUGUCUUUGAUCAUACCUGCAUGCAAAUCUCUCUCUUUGCAUUUUGUAUGAAAAUGAAGCCGUAAAACAUAUUGCAGGUUUAUUCAUUUAAUUUCAACAAAUGAAUCCUAGUUUGUUGUCAUCUUUCCUAGUGUUUCCAACAGGUGUUUUGCAGGUAACAUGGCGGAGACUUCAGAAACACUACGCGUAUUUACAAUUUCUGCUUUAUAUUUUGAUUUCAAACAAUGAUUCACAGCAAAUCCAAUCGCUUUAUGCAGUGGUGUGUAUUGCUGUCAUUAUUGUCCCUCAUGAGCGCCUACUGUUCUGUUGGUGCCACAAGAAAUCGUCAAGAUUUCAACCGACAAAAUGAGAUGCGGUUUUUUGACCGUUCAACAAAACAAAUUAUUUAUUGGCUACAAAAGGACCCGCCUGACGAAAUUUUUAAAGAGGUAAUUGGAAACUGGAACAACAACACAGUUAAUGUUAAAAGCAAGAUUGUCUUAUAUGAGUGGCCGUUCAUUGCGUUCUCUGGAUUCCUCUUUCUCUCCGUUCUCACUACAUCCAUCACUGGCUUCGUCAUCCUUUUUUACAAGAAAAUUAUUAAAGCUAAACCAGACAAGAAUUCUCUCGAAACCUCGAUCGUGGCUAGCUGCACAUCUGGCAAUCGUGGCUACGUCUUCCUACUUGCUUUCUUGUCCUGUUUCUUAAUAAUUACAGACCUUUGUUUGCUCAUAUCAAACAACCAUCUUUCAGAAGGCCUGCCCCACGCCAGAAGGACGUUGAUUAAUUCCAUUGAUAGCCUGCAAGAUUUUCAAAAUAACACAAUACAAGAACUAGAUCAUAUCUUACGAGAUAACUUUGACAGCACAAUAAGCCGGUCGCUGAAUAGGUUUCGAGUUCUUGCUGAUUGUAGUCCUGGAGGAUUGGAUUCGUUGCUAAAGAAGAAGAGAGUCAACUUUGUUAAAGUUUCUGAACGCGCAUCCUCUGAUUUGCAACAGACAAGAGUCAUUCUAUCUCACAUCAAUAUGACAUUGGGUGAGUUGUAUCGUCUCUCAAGUGGCCUGAGAUCUGAGCUUGGGAAAAUGAAUCUUUAUUUCAAAGAAGCUAAAAGACUCUGUUCUAGUUCUAUGAAAAUCAUUAGCGGUGACGUCUGUAAGAAAUUUGCCCGUGAAAAAGAUGAUUUAUUGCCUGGCUCCUCCCUUCAGGCGUCAAGGAAUCUCUCAGAAACAACUUCAAGGCUUGAUAAGUUUCUGAAGCAUUUGAACUACUCCUCAGUCAAAAAGGUACUUGAAACCCAGGAGGAUGUUGAGCGUCAGUUAUGCGAAGGAAGAUCGGCCAAAUUAAGAGAAUUGGAGAAACUUUGCGAUGGAAUUCAGAUGGCAAGAGGUUUUACUCUGGACGUUGUCAAAAAAUACUCUAACCAGCUGGCUGAGAAAUCUUUGAUUCCAAUGAAAAAUGAAGUUGACAUGACUCUGGCAGACGAUGGCAAUAUUGGGCGAUAUGAACACAAGAGGUGGUGGAUUUCUUUUUUAAUCAUCCAAGUCAUGCUUAUGGCAUCGUUGUCAAUAUUUGGCAGCCUCGUUUUGAACCUGGUUGGUCCGUAUGUUUCACGUCUACCGUUCAACACUUAUUACAUGAUGGAAACGAAAAAAUGGCUUCUCUGGUUGCCAAAACGACUUCUUUUAAGUUCUACUGUUGUUCAACUAUCCAUGGCCAUCGUUGUGAAUUUGUGUGCUGGAGUGGCCUUUCUGGUUGUCUCUAACUUGGCGCUCGUCUGUGAGAUGUCCUCGCAUUACGAGAGACUGGAUAAUAUAUUAGACACAUCUAAAUUCCUUCAAGAAUCUAAAUUGUUUACCAAGGAACAAAAAUCACUUAAACUGUUCAAAAAGAUCAGCGAAUGUCCAGAAGAUGGUACCUUGUGGGUGAUGUUGAACCUGGAUGAAAAAUUUAACAUCAACAAUAGCGUUAAUAAACUGAAUGAAAUUCCUCGCAUUGCAGAUCGCGUGUUUGGAGACGGAGGUGUUCUACUAGAUAAGGGAAGACAAAAGCAUUUGCAAGACUUUGAUAGAAUCUUACGAGAAUGGAGAAACAUCGGUUUAGGGAAGGUUAACAUUGAUGCAUUAGCUGAACAGGUGAAUAAUCCAAUAUUGGAUAAAUCUUUCCGAAAACUGAGCAAGAGUUUACUCUCGUCCUAUCAACCACACUCAGGCAAAAAGAAAGAAAAUGUGACCCGCACACCUUUUAAGAUGUCCCGAAACUUAUCAAAUAAUGCGCAUGUCAUUGAAGAAAAUUAUAUCAAACUUUAUUCAGUGCUGUCGAAAUUGUUGAAUAGACAUUUAGAAAGCUUCAACAAGUCAAGAGAGAAAGCUUUUGAAAGCUUCAACAUCAUGAGUGAUUUAUAUUCUAAUAUUGCCAGCGACACUUUGGAACGAACUGCGCACGAGAUUGUCGAUCGUCAAGCGGUUCACACUGUUGAAGUGAUCAAGAAAUUCAUAAAAGACAGCGUGAAUAAGGUGAGAAGUAACGUUGGCAAAUGUAGUCCAGUAAAACACGCUUAUAACCAAACAGUUUGCUUAUUCUGUCGCGACCUCUUCGGAACAUGGAAUUCUUGGUGGAUAUUAUCGAUGUUGUGUGGUUUUCUUACAAUAUUGUCUAUCAUUCUAUGUUUCCUAUUAUUGGAACGAAUCAACUGAAUUCAUGGGUUUACACUUUGCGUAAUGACGGUUAAUUUGCUAUAUACUAAUCUUGGUACUCUCCGGAGAUUUGGAUGAAGAGUAUGGACAAAGCACCGGCAACAAGUUCGUCCAGCCUUCUUGUCCAGUUAUUCCUGUUUUUUUGUUACUUAAUCUUCGG